CUCUCUCCAGAUUCCUCAACACUUCUUCUUCAUCGAAACUCCUCUCUCUCUCUGUCUUUUACACCUCACCAAGAACACACAAAGAGCAAGAGAGAGAAGAAACCCACAAUGGCCACUUCCUUCUCCGCCGCGACGCCUUUUGUUUUCAUCCUCCUCCUCUCCAUCUCCUCCGUCACCGUUCACGGCGCAUCUCACCACCACACGGCGGCUCCGGCUCCGGCUGUAGACUGUUCGACUCUCAUAAUCAACAUGGCGGAUUGUUUGGACUUCGUCAUGGCCGGAGGCACGUCGGCGAAACCGAAGAGUUCGUGUUGCGCGGGGCUUAAGACAGUGCUUAAGGCUGACGCAGAGUGUCUUUGUGAGGCGUUUAAAAACAGUGCUGCUUUUGGAAUCACCUUGAACAUGACCAAGGCUGCUACACUUCCCACCGCAUGCAAGCUUCAUGCUCCUUCUAUUUCUAACUGUGGAUUGUCUAUGACUCCUACUAUGGCUCCAGGUCUUGCUCCAGGAGGUGCGGUUGCUGCUGGACCCGGCGCAGCUGGAACAACCCUAGCUCCAACCCCGUCUCAGGGGAACGACGGAUCUUCCUUGAUUCCGAUCUCGUUCACCACCCUAUUCAGCGCUUUAUUCUUCGUAUUGUUCUUGUCUCGUGUGUAAAAGAGCCUGCGCCUUUCUCACUAUCUAUAGAUUUGGCUUUAUGAUAUGCUUUAGGGCUUUUUAAGACUGAGCUUUGUGUCUUGGAGUGUCUUCUGUUUUAGACAAUUUCGGGUUUCUGCAGUAGUUUUACUCUCUUAAUUUAUGUUAUUAUUUUGUCGCACAUUGGUCUUUUAUAUUAAUGGUAUCUCUCAUUCCUCAUCUAUGGA